AUGUUAUUUGGAUAUUGUUUUCUUGAUCUGUUACUACUUCAUCUUUUUUUUGUACACAGGAGAUUGAAUGUUCGGGUGAAUAUUGAGCUACUGUCAAUUUCUAAUCCUGUUCAUAAAAAGGAUUUAGCUGUUCGAUUGACUGAUGAUAGCGAUCCUUUUUUCCUUUAUAACCUUGUCAUAUCCGAGGAGGAUUUUCAAAGUUUGAAGUCCCAGCAGGGUCUCCUGGUGGACUUCUCUGCUUUCCCACAAAAAUUUAUCGAUCUGCUUCAGCAAUGCAUCCAGGAACAGAAUAAAGAUAUCCCAAGGUUUUUGCUGCAGUUAGUUUCUUCAGCAUCUGUUCUAGAUCACGCUCCUGUCUCUUUGAACGUAGUGGAGACAAACCCUUUUAAACACCUCACCCACCUCUCCCUCAAAUUCCUACCGGGAAAUGAUGCAGAAAUAAAGAAGUUUUUAGCCAGCUGUUUGAAAAGCCUUAAGGAAGACAAGCUGAUGUUGGAAGACAAGCUUAGAAAAACUGAAGAGGAUCUUACCAGACAACUGAGCUACACUCAACAGAGCUUGUCAGAGAGGAACCGGGAGCUUGACAAACUGAAGCACGAGUGGACAUCACACACUACAGCUCUAACAAACAGGCACACUCAGGAGCUGACGAGUGAAAAGGAGAGAGCUCUCCAGGCACAAGCUCAGUACCAACAACAGCAUGAACAACAGAAAAAGGAGCUGGAAAAUGUGCAUCAGAAAAGUAUUCAGCAGUUGCAGAACAGACUCUCAGAACUUGAGGUCAUCAAUAAGGAUCUGACAGAAAGGAGAUACAAAGGAGACUCUACAGUCAGGGAGCUGAAAGCCAAGCUUUCUGGGAUAGAAGAAGAAUGUCAGAGAGCAAAGCAGGAGGUGCUGUCGCUGCGCCGGGAGAACACUACUCUGGAUGCUGAGUGCCAUGAAAAAGAGAAGCUCAUCAACCAGCUGCAGACACGGGUUGCUGUUCUGGAGCAAGAGAUCAAAGACAAAGAUCAGCUCGUUAUUAGAACCAAAGAAGUCCUGGAUGCCACACAAGAACAAAAGGUGAUCCUGGAGGAGAGCACGGAGAAAAAACAAGGUCAUAUUGGAAAACUGGAGGCAACCAUUAAGUCGCUGUCAGCUGAACUGCUUAAGGCCAAUGAAAUUAUCAAGAAGUUACAGGGAGAUCUGAAAACUCUGCUGGGCAAAUUGAAACUGAAAAACACCGUAACCAUCCAGCAGGAAAAGCUCCUGGCAGAAAAAGAAGAGAGACUUCAGAAAGAGCAGAGGGAACUGCAGGAGCUGGGACAGUCUCUGCGAGUGAAGGAGCAGGAGGUUUGCAAGCUGCAGGAGCAGCUGGAAACCACCAUGCAGAAGCUGGAGGAAAGCAAGCAGUUACUGAAGACCAAUGAGAACGUAAUCACGUGGUUAAACAAGCAGCUGAAUGAAAUCCAGAUGGCAAAGAAGCUGGAGGCUUGUGCAAGUGCUCACGCUGGCGUCAGGGCUGCCACCUCCCCUCAUGGCUUGCACGAACGGCCCUCCUUCCCCAGCUCAGGAGUCGGUCAGCCCGGUUCUCCUCUGUAUGCCUUCCAGAACUUCCCAGAACCAGCACACACCAAAAGCAUCAGUUCACAAUGCCCAGGACCGAAGGUCCAGCUCAACACCCAGCUUCCUAAAAUGAACCGAUGUUCGGAUGUGCAGACAGUGACUGCAUCCAGUCAUCCAGCGAAUAAGGAGAAUGGUGACAAUUUGGGGCUGGAUCCGAAGUAUUUCAGGAAGAAAGAUGCCAGCAUUCCUUUACGAGGGCUUAGUCAGAAUACGCUCAACCCAGAGUAUCUGAAACCCCACUUGCCACCGAAAGCUGCAGCAACACCAGCCUCAGCCUAUUUUCCUGGGUAG